UUGUUUUAGUGAAGACGAAGUGACAGUAAGAUGUGGGCUCAAAUAUUGGUGUGUUUGUCUGUUGCCAGCACUCUAUUAGUAGAGGCUCAGGGACAAGAUGGUAACUCAACAACGAAAUUGGUGAACUCAACUCAAGGACUUAUUCUUGGACAUAAAUCACCAAACUACGAUGUGUUCGAAUUCCUAAAUAUCCCAUAUGCAACGGCCCCUACUGGGGUUAAUAAAUUUAAGGCGCCCCUACCACCACCAUCAUGGAAUGACACAUUUGAUGCCUUAGACAGAGGAAUCAUAUGCCCACAAUUGAACUUAGCCACUCCCGAUCCCAAUAUACAAAUAAUAGAAGACUGUCUCGUAGCAAAUGUAUACGUACCAGACACAAAUGACACUAACCUUCCUGUAGUAGUUCUUAUUCACGGAGGAAGUUAUAACUUUGGUUUCGGUGCCAUGGUAUCUCCAAACGUCUUAGUCAACAGUAAAAAAAUAAUAGCAGUGUCUUUCAACUAUCGCCUUGGCAUAUAUGGGUUCUUGUGUCUUGGUACAGAAGUUGCUCCAGGAAAUGCUGGUAUGAAAGACCAAAUUGCAUUAUUGCGAUGGGUGAGAGACAAUAUUGUAUCUUUCGGAGGCAAUCCUGAAGAUGUAACUAUAGGAGGUUGUAGUGCUGGCGGUAGCUCAGUCGACACCCUCAUGCUAUCGAAAAUGAGCAACGGACUUUACCACAAAGUAAUUUCAGAGAGUGGUUGCAGUCUCAGUCAGUUUGCUAUACAAAUGGACCCUUUGGAAAAUGCAAAACAACAUGCUGUUUCCCUCAACUUUACUAACGCUAAUAAUAUAGACGCUCUAGGAGAAUUUUAUGCAUCACUUUCAUUAGAUGUUUUAACAGCGAGUGCCGCUAUGAAUGUCGCCUCGGGAAGACCAUACGUACUAUUUCAACCAUGUGUAGAAAAAGAUCUGGGUGGAGGUGAAGAAAUGUUUUUAGAAGAAGCUCCUAUAAAUAUAUGGAGAAAGGGUAGCUACAUGAAAGUACCAACAUUGUACGGAUACACUGAUAAAGAAGGGAUGCAUUUAGCUCAGUUUUUAACAGUGUUUCAAGAGGAAAUGAAUACUCAAUUUUGGAACUUUUUGCCUGUGGAUUUAAAGUUUGACAAUGAAGAACGAAGAAAUUCUGUGGGGAUUGCAGCUAGAGAUUUUUAUUUUGGAGGCGAAGUUAAUGCAAGCAAAGUGGUAGAGUUUAUUGAUUUUAUGACAGAUACCAUAUUUUCUCAUUCGAUACUUCGUGCUGUCUCGUUACAAAUAGAGGCUGGAAAUGAUCAAGUUUAUUUGUAUGAAUAUGGAUUUGUGAAAAAUAAUUCAGUUAAUUCACCGGUCCUUGGUGCUGCUCAUUGCGAACAGGCAGCCGUUGCUCUUGGUAUAUUGGGAGAUAAUCCUUCGGAUGAACUUUUGGCUAUGUCAGAAAAAAUGGGGGAAAUAUACCUUAAUUUCAUUACCACGGGGAGCCCGACACCCCAGAAUUCGAGCUUACUCGAGUCUUGGCCAGUUUGGCCAUCAGUAAACGCAACUGCAUCCCGUUCUCCGUACUACCUGAUCAGAAACAUCACUGAAGUCCUGAGCUAUCCCAUCAAGGAGCGGGCCGAGUUCUGGGACAAAGUGUACCUCGAGAACGACAUACGUAUACCAGUAUCACCAUCAAACUCAGCCUUCACUAUUGUUUUUAACAAACUAUGGCUAUUGUCCGCGAUAGUUGUUGCGCUUACGUUCAAAUAAUCAUUGUGGAAAAUAAAUAAACACAAAUGUUAUACGAUUAACCAUGAAUCUUGUUUUGUU